AUGGACAACUACGAUGUACUCGAGGUCAUCGGCGAGGGCACCUACGGGGUUGUCUUCAAAUGCCGAGAUAAGCGGACCGAUCGGAUAGUGGCGGUGAAGCAGUUCAAGAACUUUCAGACGAAUGCGUACGUUCGUGUCGCAAUGCUGCGCGAACUGCGCGUCGAGCAGCUGCUCAAAGGCGAGCCCAACGUGACGCAGCUGCUCGAAGCGUUCAAGCAGAAGAACCGCCUGUACCUUGUCAUGGAGUACAUACCGCGCAGCCUGCUAGACGUGCUGGAGGAGGUACAGCACGGCCUGCCCGAGGACUCUUUGGUGGUACUUCUCUUCACCAUGCUCUUGGGUAUUCGCUCCUGUCAUCGCAAUGGCAUCAUUCACCGUGAUGUAAAGCCGGAGAACAUCUUGGUGCGCGACGACGGUACAGCCUCCCUGUGUGACUUUGGGUUUUGCCGGCCCCUUCCUCGGCAGCUUCAGCCGCAGGCACCGCCGCCAUCACACAAGCUCUCCAUCUCUUCGCAAGACAUCGGCUCAUCGGCUUCGCCUAUGGCCGAGAGCGGCAGCUUUGGACAGCGGCCCUUGCUGUCGCCAAAUGACACGCCGCAAAUGUGCACCGGCGCCUCUGUCUCAUCAGGGAACUCGGCUGUGCUUAACGAGCUUGUCCUCGCUGAUCAUCAGGCGAUCAUGACGAACUACGUGGCGACGCGGUGGUACCGAAGUCCGGAGAUGCUCCUGGGGAUGCCCAGCUAUACCUACGCGGUGGAUAUGUGGGCUGUGGGGGCCAUCAUGGCGGAGGCCAUCGACGGUGAGCCGUUGUUGCCAGGCAAGACGGAACUGGAGCAGCUGUCGCUCAUUCAGGCCCGUAUCGGGGAUUUCCCAGCGGCAUACGAGGCGGGGGUGAGGAAGCGGAACGGUGGUAUGCUGCGCUUGCGCUCCGUGAACCCGCUCGCAGCGCCACCGCAGCAGCUGCGCACCAAGUCGGUGCAGCACAAGUCACGGCGAGCAAGCGAUGCAAAGGACGCUGCGCAGAAGCGCACAGAGUCGAAGCAGGGCACGAGCUCUUACUUGACCGAGCGUUAUGGAGGGCGCAUUACGAAGGCUGGCAUGAAUCUACUCCAUCGACUUCUGCGCAUCGAUGCGGCGGAGCGCAUCACCGUCGAGGAGGCACUUGAGCACCCUUACUUCGACAGCGUGCGAGGGAGGUUCGAUGCAAGUGCGAAUGGGGCUCGUCGAGCUCGCAGCAGCAACGGCGCCUGCGAUGAGGCACCAGAGAUGCAGGCGCUCACUGAGGAAACAACGGAGUCGACGACGAUGCCCCCAACGGCGACCACGUCAUGCCAAGCGCCUCUCCCUUCCCUCAUUGCCACCGGGGCCGUCGGCCGCACUUCAACCUUUCUCUCUAUGUCGGGUGCUGCAGCUGGCGGCGGUUCGCCUUGCCUACUAGCUGCGGCACCACCGCUGGACGAGGUGCCGUUCUCCAUGGUAGACAGGAUGGACGCGGGAGCGAACGACGACGGCGGCGGCCCUAUGCAGAUGCCUUGUGGCGCUGAGUGCUCGCCUAGCGUGACAUCCGUCGCGUGGGAGGCGUCGUCGUCUUCGCCUGGAUCGCGCGAGCCCUGUGCCGUAGCCGGCGGCAACUCCUCGACCACUAACUCGUCGAGCCUCUCGCUGUGGACUGCAUCAGACACCUCAGCUGAAGCCGCGCCGCCCACUGACGCGACGGCAGAGAAGGACCACGUGUCGCUCCCACAGUGUUCUAGCGUGCUUGCACCACUCCACCCGGAGUCGCCAAAGUCGAGGGAGGCGGGCGGUCACCACACGUCUGCGGCAGCGUGUAACAGGGCGGACGAGGACGGCAACUCAUCACCACCUCAGCUGGCGCCAGAGGAGGCCAACGGCGGUGUCCAACCUGUGCUGCGCCGACAGGUAGCCUCCGAUGGCUCGAACACCUCUGCCACUCAGCGCGACGUAUCCAUGCACAGUGGUGACUGCACCUCCGCCUCCCUGCUCCCGUCUCGGCAAAGCCACCACAACCCGCGAGAUGCGCGGCAACUUCGACACCGCACAUCCAGCCUAGAGAGCGGCGGGAGCGUCACGGCGGUGAGGGGAACCGACUCCUCACCAACGAAUACGGCUUUGCAGGAACCCAGUGGUGCUGGUGGGGCGGCGUCCGCCGCCGUGAUAAGUGACACGGACGUCCCUGCCUCUCUUUCUCUGCUGCAGCCUCGACGAACGACACAGAGGCGCAGCGACGGCGUGGUGGACUCCCAGCCGCCGUCGAGCAAAAUCAGUGCGGCGAAAGCAUGUCGUGCCACGUCACCGUCUUCCCUGCUGGCAAAGUCGUACUCUUUCAAGUCGAUCCCCACGAGUCGGUCAAAGGCGCUGGCACCCAACGUCGUACAGCCCACCUCGAAAUGUGAUCUGAUGCAAUCGACGCCAGAGGACGACACAGAAAAGCGGCGGCACCCCAGUGGACCGAUGAGCGCGCCCCGCAGCCAGGGCAGCAGAGGAGGCGCCGAAAAGAGAGCCGCAGCGAACUCGAAGGGCGCACACACAUUCGGCAGCAGCUUCAUGACGUCCAACGCGCUGCGGAGUGCGCGCGGCAAUCCUGGCCGCACUGGCGAGCUGAGUUCUCCGUCGAAAGAGCGGCGCUCCAGCGUGGGCCGGAGGAUCGAUGGAGAUGGGCUGCAGGCCGUUCCAGCCGCCCCAUCCUGUGUUAACGCGACAACUCCUGCCAGCUCGUUUCGUGCGACUGCACAGGAGCCAGCAGAGGUAUCGGCGCUGAGGCGACGGAGCACGGCCAAAUCGCGUCCACUUCCGCAGCCGGGUCGCCGCACCAGCACAGCGACUGCCCGCGCUCGCAUCGCAAACGGUAACCUCCACAGCCCGGCGCUGCCGAAGCCUCUUUUAGUCCGCAGCUCUCCAGAGGCGCCUGCGUCGCUCGCGGUGAGCGACGCGCGCGUCAGUGGCGGCAAGAAGCGUGGGCUCUCGCGCGUUGUCUCACCUCAUUUGCCACGUGAGGUGAGGCCGCUGCCGGCCCCGGAGCGCGUUACGUUGUUGCAGGAGAUAGAAAGCCUCGAAUUCUUGGUGGGCACACCCAGUGCUGUGGAGGUGCUAGCGCCGGUCGUCGCUGCGCCUGUCUCUCACGUCCCAGAGCACGCUGAAUCUGACACCGACGCUGGUGGAGGCGCUCGCGGCAGAAACCAAGGAGAUACAAGAGCCUCUGCCACUGCCCGUGCGGGGCAUGUGGUGCCGGCGUCUCAACCACCCGGGAUGCCGGAUAAGGAUGUACGACCGGACGGGGACCGAGGCGGAGGCAAUGCGAGUCCCUCGCUAACGCUGGGAGAGACAAGAAGGCAGUGCGCAGAGACGGCGAGCUCGCGCGCCUCGGCUGCGAAGCGAGACACAGUAGCUUCUGGUACAACCUCGAUUUUGGGCGACGGCACUGCCAGCAGUGAAUUAGAGGAUCAUGGACGGCAGCAAAGCCUCCAACGACCACCGCACCCGUCCGGCACUACCGGCGGACGCCCCCUUCGCAUGGAUUUGAACUCGCUUUCCGGGACCACCCACACAUCCAGCACGAAUGUCACCACCGUCGGCAGCAGCCGCGCAGCACCCAGUCUCAUUUUCCGGUCUUCCCGCACCGUCUCUUCGCCCUUGAAGCUGGCGACCAUCCAGCCUUCCUCGUUUACCAUUCAGGGAGAGGGUGAGCUCCGCGAACUGUCGACGAACGGCUGCCAUGGAAGCAUCUCCGCUAGUACGAGGAUGUCCUUCACGACUCUUUCUAACUCUGCGGCCUCGCCCCCAACACGCCGACUCGCUCCAGCGUUGCUGCGGCAUCACCACCCCACCACCGCUGCGGGCGCAUCCUCGGGUCAGGCGUCUACCUCCCUCGGACCCGAUCCUGUAUUCGGAAGCAGCGCCUUUUCUGCGCACUCACCUCUUCUCGCGAAGAACUCUGCUUGGUCGCCGACUCUGUCACCAAACCCGCAGAAACGCAGCAACGCUGAUGGUCGGCGGACGUCGAUAGACUCGCCAAUCGUGUCACUGUCUGGCAUGCGGCAACAGCGCCGUCUCUCCGACAUUCCUAUCGAGCUCUCUAUCAGCGAGGAGUUGUUUGCUGACUCGGCCGCUGGCGGCCCAGGAGUGGGGCACUGGAAAAACGAGAACACAACCCCGCUCUCCACCACUCCCCCCAUUACCAUGCCGGACGACUUGGAAACUGUAGUGCUGAUGGGCACUCCACCAGCACACCAGCGCACCGACCAGCGGCGUCGGGACGAGGCGCCCUGCACCGCCACCUGGUCUCCGGUCCGCAGCGGCACCACGGCUAUGAUGUCAAGUAGCAUGCCCGACAACUCUACUCCAUUUCGAGGCCUCGACCGAGACAGCGCUGACUCGUCAGCUCCCUUUGCAGGAAAGGGCUCUGCUGCGAAGACGGAAGUGGUGGACCAUACUGCGGGGACAACGAGGCACAGCGUCACUCCGGCGUUGUUUGCUGCCGCGCCAAAAGGCGUACCGACGCUCGACGAGGAUGAUGUGAUGAACUUCUGCGAAACUCCGUCGCCGCUGAUGCGGGGCACACUGGAGGCAGGCGGCACGGGGAGCAGCGCGUCCACACCCUCACGGAAGAUUCCCGGACCCUCACUAGCACCUCCCCAACCGCUUCUCGGCGGAGCGAGCGUGGUAAGCGCCCAGCAGCUGCACACAGGUGGAGGUCGCAGAAAGAGUCGGUUGGUGCUCUGA